AUGCCUGCUGCGCGUCCAAAGAAAGAGUCCCAUUCCGCCACGCCCCCUUCCGACGACUGCAGCAUCACCGAAAACAGCAAGAGUAAACGAAACUACCUACGGCGUCUACAAGAAGCGGCCGCUGCGGCGGCUUCCACCAAUCCAGACGGUCAUAGCGAGCCCGAGGCUUCCCUUUCGCCGGUGUCGACCACAGUGGCCAGUCCCCCUCAGAACAUUCUAUCUCCGUCGAAUGGUCAGCGGAAGAGCCCCCCGGCCUUCUUGGAGCCCUCGCUCAGUCCCAUGGCCUCCAUUCCGUCGGCGGCGAUCCCCCCAUCACGCUAUCCAAUCGCCGCUGAUACGUACCAUCCACACUACCCUUCCCCGCCCUAUAACGGUAUGGCAAGAGAGUCUUCUGUCAACUCUAACGGCAACGGCAUGCUCGCGUCCCCCAAACACGAAGAAUCGCAACGCUUUUCGUCCCCUUCAGAGCAAUUUAACACUUAUCCUUUAUAUAAUUGGUCGUACAAGCAUCAAAUGAGUCAAGUUCCGCCCCCAUCUGCUAUCCCACCGCUGUCCUAUCAAUAUCGCCCACACCGACUCGAGGAUGUCGCCCCUCGGGAUACUAUCUCACUCAUAAUUGCCCUCUUCUUCGAUUUUGUUUAUCCUUUGACACCUUGUGUGCACAAGCCGUCGUUCAUGGCAGAUCUUCAUUCGCGGAGGGAGGAGCGUGACCCUUUGUUUUUCGCACUCGUCAUGUCGACCGUGGCCUCGACGCUUGUGCAGGUGCCUCGAUCAUAUCUUCCAAUGGAGCGCCCCGUUGUGAGAAAGCUUGCCCAGACAUGCCAUGAGGCCAGUCGACAUAUUACCGUCGCAUCGUAUGACCCACCUACCUCUAUGCAUGUCGUCAUUCGUUACUUUGAUUGCACAUAUCAUUUCUGUGAAGGGCAUGAUGCCACACAGCAUGCCGCAUUCGGCGAAGCAGCCCAUAUUGCUGUUAGCUUGCGGAUGCACGAAGAAGCCUCAUAUGAUGGACUUGAUCCCAUCGAAUGUGAGGUCCGAAGAAGGACAUUCUGGCUGCUUUUUGGAGCGGAUAAAUCGAUGUCGAUCCUUUUGGGUAGACCAAUAUGUCUUCGAGAUGAAGAUUGUUCUGUGCACUUUCCAAAAGAGUUGGAUGACGAGUACAUCACCCCCAGCGCAUACCUCCCUCAGCCUCACGGGAAAACGGCUCUUGUUUCCGGCUUAAACUAUAUCUCGAGGAUCUUUGCUCUCUUGGGUGAAAUAUUGGUCCGAAUUCGUGUAGACAAACGGUCGCCUCCUCAAGGGCAAUUCGCCACGGCCAGGCUGGAAGAAGUGCAGUCCCUUCAUCAGAGAAUAUCGGCGGCUCUUAGUCUCGCGCCGGAGCCCCUGCGGUUGAAGCCGAUACAAAAAUCAGCACAUGUUCCUCAUGAAUAUAGUGGUGCGGGUUUCCGGCAAGCCACCUUCGCUGAGGUCAAGGACUUCUUCGACAACCCUAAUGCUUCUCGGGCCAAUGCUCUCAACCCCUUCUUGGUUAUGCAGGCCAAUCUAUUUGUCACUCAGCAAUUGGUCCGAUUCGUCAUCGAGCAAUACCGGGACGAUUUAAUCAUCUCAUUGCGAGGCGCAGUUGACGAGCAGCAGGUGGCAGAAGACAGGGAAGCUGUAGCAAGUGAUCUUCUCAACAUUCUUCACAGCAUUCCUAUCCAAUCAAUAGCGACGAACGGUCCAUCCCUUGUCCACAAAGUCCGUUUCGUUGCCUCUACGCUUUUGGAUGCAGUACGACGAGCAGAGACGGCGCCGGCGUCGGCUGCUCGCGCCCACGCCUAUUUAUGGGACUUUUUAAGUAUAUUAUCCGAAAUCGAGCGGAACUAUUUAUUGGACGACGACCGAGAUGCCUCUUCCAGCGGAGAAGGCAUGUUACUGGGAUAA